GAGUUAAUAAUCUAUACUGCACUUAUGUCUUCGUGGUUCAGGAGUAGCAGAGCUUGGAGCGGAGGUAUAGAUACUUUCUACUCCUACCCGUGAAGUCUUCAGGAACGGCCCAGAGUUUUGACGCCACCAUGGGUCCAUCCUUGGCUGAAGAGUGGCUUCAGGUGGAAGAAAAAAUUGGAUACAGACCACGAUUAACAGGGGAUGUUUUGGAUAUGAGAGAGCAAUAUAAAGCUCUUUCAGGCCAAGGAAUUGCCUCCAAGGUCAAUAAAGUAUCAGUGGAGAACAAGUAUAUUACCCCGUACCUAUUGAUCAGGCUAUAUACUCCGACGGAAAAAGGGACAGACCUUCGGCCAGUUGGGGUUUACUUUCACGGAGGUGGAUUCUGUUGUGGGGAUCUGGACUCUGAAGAUGGCUUCUGCAGCAUCCUAGCAGAACGGUUCUGCUGCAUCGUUGCUUCAGUUAACUAUAGACUCGCUCCAGAACAUAAGUCUCCAGUACAGCUUGAAGAUGCAGUAGAAGCGUGGACCUGGGCAUACGAGAACGCACCGAUUCUGGGUGGUGACCGCACAAAAUACUUCACCAUUGGUCAAAGUGCCGGGGGAACCCUGGCCCUGGCAACAGUGAAUCGAUUGAUCGCUCUAGGGCGGAAGUCUGAGGCGAAGGGUGUUGCAGCACUGGUUCCAUUCGUUAUCCAUCCUCAAAACGUGCCGUUAAGCUACGCGGACAAAUAUACAUCCUUUCACGAGUGUGCAGAUGGUCCAGUAAACACAGCAAGUGCCAUGAACAUCUUUUUUGAGGCAGCCGAAACCAACCCCAAUGAUCCUGACAUUUUUCUUAUCCACAGCGAGCACCUAGAUAACUUUCCACCAACGUAUAUUGCUGUUUGUGAGGCUGAUCCUCUGCGUGAUGAUGGAAUUAUUCUGCGCGAGGUCCUCAAAAGAGCUGGUAUCCCCGUGAAGCUCGACCACUUCAAGAGUUUACCCCAUGUGUUCUGGGCGUUUGACUGUCCAGCUCCCAGUGGUGACUUCCUGGGAGAUGUCAUGUCUGGUAUCAGCUUUAUAAUGGGCCAGUAAUUGUUGAAGAGGUACAUAUGUGUAGCGAAAGCUUAGACAGGGUGCUGGUGAAGCUGUUGAGUUGGGCUGGUAGACAGGGACGCUGUCACUGAGCAAGAGGUAG